GCAUGUUCAAACGCAAGCACCAGUCGGUGUUCACGGUGAUGCGAGAGACCCAGGAGUAUCCGGCCAAGGCCAGGCCCGUCAGAUUCAACACCGUCAUCACCAACCCCCAGCAGGACUACACCACCAUCUCUGGCCAGUUCUCCUGCCGCAUUCCCGGACUCUACUACUUCGUCUUCCACGCAUCCCAGGAGGCCAACUUGUGCGUCAUCUUGUUCAAAGAUGACGAGAAGGUGGCCGGCUUCUGCGACCACGUGUCCAACAGGAGGCAGGUCAGCUCUGGGGGCGUCCUGCUCCACAUGGAGAGUGGCCAGCAAGUGUGGCUGGCUGUCAAUGACUACAACGGCAUGGUGGGCAAGAAGGGCUCUGACAGCGUCUUCUCUGGCUUCCUGCUCUUCCCUGAUUAGAAGCCUAGGAAAGUUGGGGCAUUGGCCUCCUUGCCUGCCUCCGAGGCCUUCCUCUGGGCCUCUCUCUGGGCUUCUCUCUCUCUGGGCUUCUUUCUGGAUUUCCUCUCUGGGCAUCUCUCUGAUCCAUUUUCUGAGCCGUUCUCUGGGCCUUUUAUGGAUUUCCCUCUCGAACUCUCUCUGGGACUCUCUUUGGACCUCUCUCUGGAUCUUUCUCUGGGUCUUUCUCUGGGCUUCUCUCUGGCCUUUCUCUGGGUUCCUCUCUGGGCCUCUCUCUGGGUUCCUCUCUGGGCCUCUCUCUGGGUUCCUCUCUGGACCUCUCUCUCUUCGCCACUCUCUCGGCCUUUCUCUGGGUUUCCCCCGGGCU